AUGUCACGCUCAACGCACAAGGACGAGGCAUUGAGCGGCGAGUCGCUCAAGGGGUUGCACCAAGCUCGCCUGGCUCGCUCUUUGCUAUUCAGCCAGCCGAUCCACGCAGCUCAUCACCAACGCGCUUUCUUCGAGCCAAGCGAUCUCUAUACCACGCUGGAAGGCAACCAGAUCUCUCACGAGCGACUUGGACUUUGGGGCAACGGAUUCGAGACCGAUCAUGGCGCCUCGAGGUUUCACGUGGCGCCUAAUGACCACACAGAGCAUCAAAGGCUCUUGAGAACGCUACCGACAUUCUUUGAGCUGCACUCCGGAUGGUCGUGCAGGCAUUGUGCGAGCCUGCUCAUGCCAGGAAUCAGCGCCCACGUCUCCAGAAGGCGCGCUGCCACCAGCUGCACACUUUGUGGAGCUGGGCAAAGCAGUCGAGCCGGAGACAAGCAAGGGGCGAAACAAUUUAUCAGUGUGCGAAAAAGGAGGCGGGAGGCCGCGCCGGGCGAUUCGCAGGUCGGACUACCGGCCGCAAAGUCCACAUCAGACAGGUCCAGGGACUUGACAAGAAUGAAGACCCCGAUCGAGCAACCGCCUGCGUUGAAUCCAUCAGAAGCUCCGACUCACGCAGGCAUCUCCGUAAGAGAGGAAUCGCUUCCUCAGGCCGACAUCAGUACUCCCCUGAAGGCUGCUGCACCAGCGCCCAGAACCUUGGAAGAGCGUCAACGAGAGUUAAAGAAGAGGAAGAAGGCCGCGAAAAGUGGAUCUGUUGCCUCCUCGGAUCCUGCACAGGUCUCAGCCGCUGUCAGCGCGUCAUCCAUAGUCUCUACCGAACUGGACGCAACCCCACAGUCCACCCUCAUCACCGUCUCCACACCUAACAAGCAAGGGUUGGAUCCAUCCACAGCUCGACAGACAUCUCGUGAUGGACCUGGACCCAAAAGAAAGCAGAAGACGGGCACCGAUGACAGAGGAACUUCCUAUAAGGACGCGGUUCGCCAAAUGCUUGCCAAGUCCAACAGCUCUUCUGCCCGGCAACCGCAGUCAAGAAGUCACGGAUCGAGUCUCGGCGGUUCGAGUGGGUUUCUGAACUUCUAG